CUAUCAUCAUCCAGCGCUCUUGCUCGCUUUGAAUUCGAGUCCGGCAGAGGCAAUGAGGGGACUAAGAUUCUCAUGGUAGAAUGGUCUGAUGACGACGCAGAUGGGCCAGCCAAUAUGGGGGACUGGGAAGUGUCCUGGGAAGGGAAAACAACGGUCCUCUCCGCAAAAGAUGGAGCUGAAGGCAAGCUACAUCGGAUAUACUUUCUGCUGGCACCUUCGGCACCCGUACCGCGCAUAGUGAAGUUGUCGCAAACAGGAGGCAAGUCUAUGCAAACAAACCCAUUACCAGCUCUCUUCCCACCAGAGCUAGGCAUAAGUGCGACCACGCAGGGCCGAAAAGGAGUCCUCCAUACGGUGUGGGCCAAAAAGCGACUCUCUGUUCUCCAGAGGGAGAUCGAGUUGGAGAUGAAGAAUGGAGAAGGAGUCGGCUUGGAAAUGGCCAUGCAGGAAAAGGAGUGGAUAGAGGAGAACUUCGGGGUUGGUCAAAGAAGUGUGUCCGACUUGCAACAUGCAACAUCACCAACAAGCCCAAAAUCUCCAGGUGGUGGCAGGUUAUCGGAAAAGUUGAAAGGCUUGAAAUUAGGGACCAGCGCAUUAGAGCUCACUGCACCGUCAGAGCAAACAACAUCUGGAUUUGGCAAUCGUUCAAAUAAUCCAUUGUCUCCGGACCUUGGCGAUGUUGCGGUUUCAUCCUUCUCAAUGUUCCAUGGCAGCUCUCGACCAUCUCGACCCGUUGCCCAGAAUCCACCACUUCACCUUCUAGCCAGGCAACCCGGGCCGGCUCACAGCAAUCGCAUUGCAUCUCUAGAUGCCAUGACUAGUGGUCAGCUUCCAGCUCGAGACGAAUUGGAAACAGAAGAUGAGCUAUUCGCAGUGAAAUUAAGUCCACGAAGCCCCGAAAUGACAAAGAGUCCCUUCUCGUUCUCAACGAAAGACACAGUACCAUGGCUCAAA